UCUCGAACGGGACGGUACCUGUAUAUUGACGGUCUACGCUAAAGUUGUGUAUCAUCGCUAAUCCUUAUCCAUUCCUGCCCCAUACCCUUCUCCCUAAGUGAUACGGCGUGAGAAGACGAAGGCAUCGGUUCCGGUCGAGCCGCGUGAGACCGCUCACCAGUCGAGGUGAAGCUGGAAUAGCCCAUAGAUGCUACUGGCAGAUAAGUCGGAGAAAUAAAACAUCUAAAAAAUGUUGCACAACAAGAAAUAUUUCGGUGGAUGUUUCGAAGGUUCCAUAUCCGGUCUUAUGUUUGCCUGGCUUAAACUUCGUUUUAAUACCCAGUUAUGGUUUCAGAUUACUAAUAUAAACUAGAGUUCCACCACAUAGCAAAUAAUAUACAGACUACAGUAGUUUACCUAAUUCUGGACUGAUUUAUUUGUAAUUCCACUAUUACAAAUUUUUAGGUCCUCACUAUAAAGUACACAGCUUCCAACGUAUUUUUUCAACUACUCCAUUUACUUCGUUCUCUGCCGGUUUUUGUUCUUUUUCAUUUCUCCCACCAACACCGUUGCCACAUGGCAAUCCGAAUGAAGUUUUAGUUUUAACAUGUAAAAUUUUAUAUUAUAGUUAUUUUACAAAAAAGCUUACACGACCGUUUGAUCUUAAUUACAAAAAAAAAAAAAAAACUAUGGCCAUUAUAUGUAACAUUCCGUAUUGAAGCUAGGCAUACAAUUCUGGUUUUAACCUUUAAUGAAUAAUUCAUUUCAGCGUUUUGUUGUUGGAUUAAAUGGCGCCAGUUUGUGGCUGUUUGUUUGUUUUUACAAUUUACAGAAAUUAUACAAAUCCGGUGGGCAUGUUAAAACAAUGUUUGAUAUUUUGAAUGUCCCUUUGUGAUGGCAGCUUGUGUAAGUUGUUUAUUUACGUGUUCAUAUUAAUAAUGAAAAAGAGAUCUUGUGCAAUGAAUAAAGUUGAGUAUUUCAACAAAUCUCACUAAAUCGCUCUGUCGCGCUACGACUGUGAUCUCUGGUCAGUUUUUAUGUACAUUCUUAUUUUACACACUGGGCAACUGAUUAAUGCCCAAGCGAGGACUUUUUUCAGGUUUCUUACAUGAGGUAAACAGAGAAAAAGAGUGGAUUUUUUGUUAAUUUCCGCGAAUACAAAAUUAAGCUUAUUUUUUAUUAUGAAGUUGCUUCCUAGGUAGCCAUGACGUAGAAUAGAUGUACGUCCCAGAUAGACGUACUCGUCUACGGAUACAAAAUCUGCAUUCAAAGAGCAAUGGACUAUGAUUGGAGCUCAACUGGUGGUAGCUCGUCUUGUGAGUCCGCAGGAGUAGGUACCACCACCCUGUCUAUUUCUGCCGCGAAGCAGUAAUGCGUUUCGGGACCGACGAUUUGCCAAAGGUCGCGGGAAUCUGCUGGAUGCAGGUUGUACAGGACUGAUCAUAAUGGCGAGCAGUGGACGUCUCUGGACUGAUGCUGUUGAAGCUGCUACGAAUUAUUUUCCAACAUCAUUCGACUGCAAAACAAAUAAUAAUCGCAUUACAUACACGCUAAAGUUGUAUUAAACUCAAUCCCAUUUGAUCCAUAAUCUCUUAAAGAUUUUGUAUCUGAAUAUUUUUAUACAAAUAGAUUUUCGUUAUCCCGCGUCGACUUUUCCCCGUGGACCAGUAAGAUGGAUAGACCUUUUCGUAAAAGUAUUUUCGGAGUUUCGAUAUUAUAAUGCAACAUCUACAUGUGCACGUAGGUAUUGAGUAGUAUGUUUAUGAAUAUCUCACUUAGUUACCUCAGCAAGUAAACACUUAUUUAUUUAUUUAAGGAUUACCGACAGGGUUUACAGUAAGACAUAAAAUAACAUUGACAUGUAUAGAGCAAUUGAUAACUGCAACUCCAAUUAGAGGCAAUCACAGCAUGCAUUACAUUAAUAUAUUAAUAGAGAUUUAACAAUACUAUAAAUAAAGAUAAAAAAUUAAAAACAAAAGAAAGACAACAAGGACAGUAAUAAUACCCGAGUACUCAGACCAAAGCUGAGGCUGAGGUUCAACAACAACUUUUUAUAAUUUUGUUCUUAAAUAUUGAAAGGGAAUCGCCAAAUAUGUCAAGGUUUUCAACUUUUCUAACUAGAUUAUUAUAAAGGUUAGUUAGACGAGGAGUAGGUGAGUGCUUGCCUAGAUUGGUUCUGCUAAAGCGGGUGCUGAAAAGAGCAACGGGGCGACGAGGUAACCUAGAUGGCACCUUCAUAGAGAAUUUAUUGAGGAUGGAUUGGGAGUCGACAGUACCGCUCAUAACUUGAUGUAAAAAACAUAAGCCUAACAUAUCGCGGCGAUCACUCAAUGUUUGCAUUUUAAAAUAUUUAGCCCUUAUAUAUUAAAAUUAUUUAUAUAUUAAAAUUACGAGCUUAUCAAUAGAUAGAUAGAAAAUAUUCUCAAACAAUACACGAACAACCUCAAAAUACUAUUGUAUAUCGGUCCUCACUAUAGCGUUAUGGAUAUUUCUACGUCUGAGCAUGAAAGCCGUUGGUAAUAAAUAUAAUAAUAUUAAUUUAUGUAAUAUUCAGUAUAGUUUAUUUAAAUGAACUAUAUUAUAAGAUAAUUUAUCAAACGUAUGUGUAAAUUAGCAGAAAAAUACGGUGUAUACCCCAGGAAAUAUUUACGGCGUAUUGCCAUGCCUAAGAGUAUUUUUGUUCCUUUGUCUUCAAAAUAAAUUUCACCAAAUCUAAAUAUCCAUUUUUGAAUAAAUAAUGGACGUUAAACUCGAUUCCGCAACAAAUUUCACAGUUAGAAAAGUUCAAGUAAAUGCUUCAUCUACGUUGUCGCGCUUAACCGUAAGAAAUAUAAAGUGACGUAGACACAAUCAUCACCUUACAGAAGGAUCGUUUUAAAGUCAUUCGAGUUUUAGAGAUCGCGAACCAAAACAUAAUUAUUAAUCAAACACAGUAAAGGGGUGCAUCAUUUUCACCUUUUUAAAUACUUAAAUAUUCACAGCCCACCUGGUGUUAAGUGGUUACUGGAGCCCAUAGACAUCUACAACGUAAAUGCGUCACCCACAUUGGGAUAUAAGUUCUAAGGUCUCAGAAUAGUUACAACGACUGUCUCACCCUUCAAACCGAAACGCAUUAAUGCUUCAUGGCAAAAAUAGACAAGGUGGUGGUAACUCAUGGGUGGUAACCCAUGCGGACUCAUAAGAGGUCCUACCACCAGUAUAAACGAGUAAAUAAGAGUAUAUAGUUUUUUAACUAUUUUAUAACGUAAUGUAAACAAUUAAUCGUUUACUAUAUCCAUGUUUAUUUUUUCUGUGUACCUCUGCCCUCUAUCUGGAUUUUAAGAAGCAUACAUCUGUUCACUAAUCCAUACCAUUCUAAUGUGCUAAGACUAAUAAAUUAGGCUAUACUAAUAUUGUGAUUAUGAAUGUAGCCGUUACAAUUUUCCACGUACAACCUGUUGAUUAUUGAACAAAUUUUAAUGAAAUUCAGUCUGGAUUGUUUUAAAACUGAAAAAUAAAUUGGGUACUUUGAUAGAUAGUUUACAAUGUAAAUUAAUUCCAAUAAAUUUUAUUUUAUCAUAAAUUUUAUAAGCGAUACGAUAACCCUCGCGAAGAAGAUUUCUCUUAUAGUUAAUACGAUAGACAAUAGAAACAUGGAACGCGUCUACUGUUUUUCUUAAAAAAUAAAGUCAUGGAUCUUUUUCAGUAACAUCUUUUUUUUAAUUAUUAUAAAUUUUUUAAAUACGUUUUUUUUUUUUUUUUUUUUUAUAGUUAUUUAUUAAGGCGUGCAAGAUCAUCUUAAUCUUAAUGUGUUGUUAUUAUGUCAUCAAUAAUUUUCGACUUUUUUAAUUGGCUUCGACUUAUGGACAGACUAACAGUGUCUGGUCUCUGGAAUUGGCUAUGGGAUCACAAGAAGAAAUUCAAUUGUAAAACAAAGUAAAGUACAGUGCACGUGUAUAUCAACAUCGAAAUGUAAUGAAUAAAUAUUUGAGGCUUCUGCAAAUCAAUGUCUUGUGCGAAAAUUUUAAAAGAACACAAUUCAACUUCCGAAUACACUUAGAAACCGUAAAACAUUUUUUAACUGAGAUGAAUGAGCGCCUCGAUUCCUAAGUUGAAAAAGUAAUUACGAAGGUCGAUGGUCAGCCGUUUUAACUUUUUGGCUCAAUGCUAAUAAAUAGUGUCUUCAAACUUUUCCUUUAAAAUUUGAAAGCCGAAUCAUCUUGCCAAGAGUAAUAACUUUAUAUAAAUUGUUUUAGUUCUUUGGAUUGAUGUUUUGAAGAUGAGCGAUGUUAACAAGUUUUUUUUUUAAAUAAAUAAUUUAUCAAAAUCUAGAGUCAAAAUAAAACUUAUAAAUUGGUUCUCUAAUAAGAUUUUUACUGGUGGUAGGGCACGGGUAGGUACUUGGCUAACGGUAGGCAGGGCUUAAGACGGUAGGCAAUGGCUUGGUUAACGGUAGGCAGCGACUGGGCUCUGUCCCUGCCAUUGCUGAAGUCCAUGGGCGAUGAUAGCAACUCACCAUGAGAUGGCCCGGGCUGCCUACAAGGGCAAUAAGUAAUUCUCCUCAUGUGAACUAAGCACAUUUCGUAGGACGAUGCUGGCAGUGAUUAGGGUUAUGUACUAGCUCCCUUUAUAUCUUAAAUUUAAUAAUUUUAUCCUCAUACAUAUAAUGUGCCAAUUGAUUUAUUGAAUGAAUCAGUAUUCAGUUUUCAGAUGUUUAAUUUAAGGUGAAAAUUAAAUUACUGUUAUAAUCAUCAUUAGUCCAUAUCUGCAAAUCAUUACCAUAAUACUGUUCUACCUGCGUAAAUCUGAUAAGGCUAUUAUUAUAUUUAAACGGAAUUCCAAGGUAGUUUUGAGACAACGACUUCAAUGAGACCUAUUGUGGUCUGCGCCAUUUGCUUCUAUUAGUUCAACACUAGACAUUGCACCAAAGUGACAAAAAACAUGAAAAUAAUAAUAUAUUACUACAACACUAGCGAUUAAUGGGCCCGGCUCUAGUCUGGUUUACCAUUACAAUUGAAUAGUAUAUUUUUUUUCUUUUCGAUGCAUGAGAUUAUUGAUCGUCUUUUUUGUUGGGUUUGAGUUCGGUUUUUUUUUGGUGAAAUAGAAAACGGAGCUCCUUCGUAGCUACAUCCACCUAAGACAAUAAACAAAAACUUAUGAUUUGAUAUUAUCACAUUAUUUUUCAUCCGUGGAAAAGGUCUGCGGAUCCGGAAGAAGGAAAAUGUCGUUGUAACUUACGAAGACCUUGGUAUUAACAUACUUUUAUCAUGAUAAUAUUUUCUAAGGUAUUCUUACGGACUUACUUAGUGUUUUCUUUGCGAAAAUCUCAAACUUUUGAACACAGGGUCCAAGUGAAACCAAAUAUUUAUAGAAGCCACCAAGCCAAUCUUAGUUUUAAUGCCUUUUUAAUUUUAAUUGAUAAAAAAAAGAAAUAUACAUUAAUUAUCACGGUGGAGUAUGGAAAACCUUUAAUGUAGCAAUUUACGUUGCUAAAGGAUUAAUAUAUCAAAUGAAACCCCAGCUUCUAAUUGUUUCCUCAUUACUGACAUGUCCUUCUUCAUACAAGGUUUUCUUUUUGGAAUACUCUGCAAUAUUUUGUCAAACUUUAUCCUCAAAUUUGGUUUUGCGAUCAUUUCCUCGAUCGAUCGAUAUCGAUCGAGGAAAUUAUGACCGAUGCUUUGUAUUAGACUGAUCUGAUCAUAUAUCAUAUUACAUACUAUUUAUGUCUACAUAUGUGUUACAAUGUAAUGAUAUCUUACAAUUGAUUUAUAUCAUCUGAAACUGAAACUUGGCAUAUGACGUACUUCUUCUGAUGUCGUUAUGAAGCUGGGUCGCGCUCCCGAUUCCGUUACCGUCACGAGGACUGUGGUGGAUUGGCACACGCUGGGCAUCAACCUGGCUGAAUCUGAUCCACCAUCGCUCCCGUUUAGCCCGGACUCUACCUCGUCUCCUCAGGAUACCGCUGAAGCCAUAGACAUCGUAACGUCACACAUCACCUCGACAUUAGAUAGGUCAUCGAAGCAAGUUGUGGCGGAGGACUUCCUUCACCGCUUCGAAUUGCCCGACGAUAUUAGGGAGCUCCUUAGAGCUAAGAACGCCUCGAUCCGUGCCUACGAUAGGUAUCCUACCGCGGAAAAUCGUAUUCGAAUGCGUGCCCUACAACGCGACGUAAAGUCUCGCAUCACCGAAGUCCGAGAUGCCAGGUGGUCUGAUUUCUUAGAAGGACUCGCGCCCUCCCAAAGGUCUUACUACCGCUUAACUCGUGCUCUCAAAUCGGAUACAGUAGUAACUAUGCCCCCCCUCGUAGGCCCCUCAGGCCGACUCGCGGCGUUCGAUGAUGACGAAAAAGGAGAGCUGCUGGCCGAUUCAUUGCAAACCCAGUGCACGCCCAGCACUCAAUCUGUGGACCCUGUUCAUGUAGAAUUAGUAGACAGUGAGGUAGAACGCAGAGCCUCCUUGCCACCCUCGGAUGCGUUACCACCCGUCACCCCGAUGGAAGUUAAAGACUUGAUCAAAGACCUACGUCCUCGCAAGGCUCCCGGUUCCGACGGUAUAUCUAACCGCGUUAUUAAGCUUCUACCCGUCCAACUCAUCGUGAUGUUGGCAUCUAUUUUCAAUGCCGCUAUGGCGAACUGUAUCUUUCCCGCGGUGUGGAAAGAAGCGGACGUUAUCGGCAUACAUAAACCCGGUAAACCAAAAAAUCAUCCGACGAGCUAUCGCCCGAUUAGCCUCCUCAUGUCUCUAGGCAAACUGUAUGAGCGUCUGCUCUACAAACGCCUUAGAGACUUCGUCUCAUCCAAGGGCAUUCUCAUCGAUGAACAAUUCGGAUUCCGUGCAAAUCACUCAUGCGUACAACAGGUGCACCGCCUCACGGAGCACAUUCUCGUAGGACUUAACCGACCAAAACCGAUCUACACGGGAGCUCUCUUCUUCGACGUCGCAAAAGCGUUCGACAAAGUCUGGCACAACGGUUUGAUUUUCAAACUUUUCAACAUGGGCGUACCGGACAGUCUCGUGCUCAUCAUACGGGACUUCUUGUCGAACCGCUCUUUUCGAUAUCGAGUAGAGGGAACCCGCUCCUCCCCGCGACCACUCACGGCUGGAGUCCCGCAAGGCUCUGUUCUUUCUCCGCUCCUAUUUAGUUUAUUUGUCAAUGAUAUUCCCCGGUCGCCGCCGACCCAGCUAGCCUUAUUCGCUGAUGACACAACCGUUUACUACUCAAGUAGAAACAAGUCCCUAAUCGCGAGUAAACUCCAGAGUGCAGCGUUAACCCUCGGACAGUGGUUCCGAAAAUGGCGCAUAGACAUCAACCCAGCGAAAAGCACAGCAGUGUUAUUUCAAAGGGGAAACUCACCGCUUAUUUCCUCCCGCAUUAGGAGGAGAAAUAUCACACCCCCGAUCACCCUCUUCGGCCAACCUAUACCCUGGGCCAGGAAGGUCAAGUACCUGGGAGUUACCCUGGAUGCAUCCAUGACAUUCCGCCCGCAUAUAAAAACAGUCCGCGACCGUGCCGCAUUUAUUCUCGGCAGACUCUAUCCCAUGAUCUGUAAGCGGAGUAAAAUGUCCCUUCGUAACAAGGUGACACUUUACAAAACUUGCAUAAGGCCCGUCAUGACUUACGCGAGUGUGGUGUUCGCUCACGCGGCCCGCACACACAUAGACACCCUCCAAUCCUUACAAUCCCGCUUUUGCAGGUUAGCCGUUGGGGCUCCGUGGUUCGUGAGGAACAUCGACUUACACGAUGACCUGGGCCUCGAAUCGAUCCGCAAACACAUGAAGUCAAUGUCGGAACGUUACUUCGAUAAGGCUAUGCGUCAUAAUAAUCGCCUUAUCGUUGCCACCGCUGAUUACUCCCCGAAUCCUGAUCACGCAGGAACAAGUCACCGUCGUCGCCCUAGACACGUCCUUACGGAUCCAUCAGAUCCAAUAACUCUUGCAUUAGAUACCUUCAGCUCUAACACUAGGAGCAGGCUGAGGAACCCCGGUAACCGUACUCGUCGAACUCGACAAAGAGGUCGACGUGCAACCUAACCCAUGCAUCAGCCCGCUGAGUUUCUCGCCGGAUCUUCUCAGUGGGUCGCGAUUCCGAUCCGGUAGUAGAUUCAUUCGCGAAGCAAUUGCUCUUGAGUUGUUAGGUCUCCUUCGGAGGCGCUCGGGCAGUUGUUAGCAAAUCCCACCUCUCCUGGCUGAGCCUUUGCUCGCCCACCUGUCCUGGUGAAGCUGGAAAGGCCUCCGGGCCACCAGUAAUCUUUCAAUCAUAAAAAAAAAAAAAAAAAAACUUCUUCUGAUGGAAGGUGUACCUGUCUAUUGGUGGUAGAACCUCUUGUGAGUCCGCACGGGUAGGUACCACCGCUCCGCCUAUUUCUGCCGUGAAGCAGUAAUGCGUUUCGGUUUGAAGGGUGGGGCAGCCGUUGUAACUAUACUGAGACCUUAGAACUUAUAUCUCAAGGUGUGUGGCGCAUUAACGUCGUAGAUGUCUAUGGGUUCCAGUAACCACUUAAUACCUCGUCCACAGGCUGUGGCUCGUCCACACAUCUAGACAAUAAAAAACAAAAAAAAAAACCUGUAAGUUCCCCCUUUAAGAUAUCAAGGUUCAUUGGAUUCUGAUAUCGUAAUUGUUUGUCGGGAUACUUAAUCAUAGAAACAGCCAGUGAUUCUAGCCAUAACGAGCUACAAUGAUUACUGGAGAAGUAAUUAAUUAUCUGUAGUGGUAAUUCUCUGCCUGUACUUAUAUUUCCUACCUGACUACUACUACCUAAACUUCUACUUUGAGCUCUUUGUUAUGGCCAUUUGCUGUAAGCCCAUAUUACUUAUAGUCUUGUUUAAUAAACCGCCCUUAUAUUAUAAAAAUAAUCUAAGGAUUACAUUAUCACAUUAUUUAUAUUGGCCUCAGCUUGUCUAUACAACUACAGACAUAUAAAAUAAAACAGAGGUUAAGGCUUAAGGCAUAUACUAAGGUUUGUAAGCUUUGAUUGUCUUGUUGCCGAGUAAUGGGUUUUUUUUCCGCCCUCCAUUGUGGAUGGUGUGCGGAGCAUGUUGGAGUCCAACCGACUAAAACUUCCUGCCGUUCAACAACGUCCAAAACUCGCAUGAGACAGAACUCACGAAAGGGCAAACGGGGGAAAGUAAAGCGUUUAGUGCGGAGAUCAUCUCUCCCAUCACCCCCUCGGAACGCCGGACCGGCGGUCGUCGGCGCCACGACCACCAGCCCUCUCGGUCGGCAGGCUAUCCGAAGCCCGCCUAGAUGGCGCCGGUUAGAGUGAGUGACUAAUGCGAUAAGGUAAGUUCAAAAUUCAUAUUUCGGUUUUAAGUCUGUAUUGUUAGGCGAAUAUAACGGGUUCUGUUCAGUCCAUCCGGUGGCUCGCUGUGCGUCCUUAGUUCAAAUACACAAGGAACGUAAUUGUAUCCGGUUAGACAGAAUGGAAUUAGAGCAGAGCUGCCUAUAACCCAAAGCUUUAGGACAUGUAUGCUUCUUACACCAGAAGCAUAAGGUUUAUUUACAUAAGGCUCAUUAGGCCCAAGAAGGCGAAGGUUUUAAGGAUUUGUCAUCCAUAAACAGCACUUUCUAAUAUACUUAGUGUUAAGGAUCUCUAAAUCCCCCUCCAAACAUGUUUUAUUCUCGCCCACCACCGAGCUUCACUUCAUCGAGCGAUCGCGAACGCAUGCACAUACAUUUUAACGAUUACAUACUAUACAUUAUCUACUCCAAUAUAUAACCUCAUUAUUAUUUGUUCUUCAGUUGUUUAUCUUUAAUAAACCUGUAAAUACGA